AUGUUAAAGUGGGUUCAAUCAGGUCUUUCUGCAGUCGCAGGAACUGCAGAACCAGAAUACGGCAGAGAAGCUAUUCAUCCUAUCACAGAUACCGUCAACAAUGAGAGCAAGUGCUACAGAGAAACUACUAUUGAAGAUUUUGGGUGGAUUCAGCCAACAUCGACGAAUGUCGAAACUCAGACGUUCUACUUCUCGUGUUUGAAGACUGGGUACCUUGGAUUUGCACAGGUGAUCCAUUCAAACGUUAUGGGGGUGCAUACGACGGCGCAGUUCACGUUCAGGCUUUUCAACUUCAAGGGCAAGGAGGAAGACAACUUGUGGACAUCGACCAAGUUAGAGGACUUCAGAUGCGAAGGAUCGAAUUUCUACGCCAACGAAUUGUCGAUUGAGUUAGAUAAAGACAAUACGCUGUACAGGCUCAAGUCAUCGGUCAACAAGGACUCGGUGGUUGAUUUGACCGUGGUCAAGUUGGUCCCAGGGGUUAUUUUUGGUGAGAAUGGUACCACAUACUAUGGGGAUGAUUUAGCCAACCCAUGGGGGUCGAUGCGUCACUUGUUCUGGCCUAGAUGUUCCGUGACUGGUACCGUGAAAUCGGGUGACAAGGUCUUUGAAAUUGAAGGCUUCACAAUGUUUGUGAUGGCCAUGCAAGGGAUGAAACCCCACCACGCUGCCAAGGCAUGGAACUUUUUGAAUUUCCAAUCUGAAUCUCAUAGUGCCGUGCAAAUGGAGUUCACGACCCCAAGAUCUUAUGCUAACACCAAGGUGAAUAUUGCCAUUUUGACCUCCAAUGAUAAGAUUUUGUCAUGCUCAGUUAACAAUGAAAUUGUACAUGAAAAUGCUGAAGUCGAUGAAGUCGGCUGGCCUGUUCCUAAAUCUAUCACCUUUAACUUUGAAGGUGUGAGCGAUGAUAACAAAAAGGUCGUUGGUAAAGUUCACGGUGCUUUGAAAACAUUAGUUGAGAGAGUUGAUGUUAUGGCCGAGAUUCCACAAUUUAUCAAAAAUAUUGCUAGUGGUGUUGCCGGUACAAGGCCUUAUAUCUAUCAAUUCUGCAAUGAUAUGGAAAUUGAAAUUGAUGGUACUAAGGAAAGUGGUGUGAGUUACAGUGAAGCUACAUUUAUUUCUGAAUAA